CGCGGGGAGGAGGGUUCCAGGCGGAAAGGCGUUGAGAGGAGGAGCCGCGCUACAGAGCAGGCGGCUGGAAGUGGAGUCAGACGGGUUAGGGCGAUCGGGAGUGACCGCUGCUCGGAGUGUCCGUGACCCACUGGGAUCAUGUAGAGACCGGAAGGCGCGAGGACUCGGAGCACACGAGGAGACGUUCGAGCGCACUGUCGGAAUAUCACAAAAAGGGGGGCGGGAGUGGACUGGACUGGCCUACUGACACAGCGAUGAGCGUCUUGUUUUGAACACGAAAAACCAAAAAGAAAGGAAGGGAUCCUAACUCCACUCGCUCCGGGCAGCUGUUUUCGGACCCGAGUUUGCGCGUCUGUGUGUGUGUGUGUGUGUGUGUGUGUGUGUGUGUGUGUGUGUGUGUGUGUGUGUGUGUGUGUGUGUGUACGAGUGAGCGCCCGCUGCCAGGCCUUGCUCGGAGGGCAUGUCCAACAGUGACUCAGACCAUUCACUAUGAGUCGAGGCGGCUGGAGGAAGAGGGCUGAUGAAGAUGGCGGCUGGGGUGGCAGGGGCGGGUACAUGGCCGCCAAGGUGUCGAAGCUGGAGGAGCAGUUCAAGCUGGAUGCCCCACGGGAGAAGCAGAAGGAAGGCACGUCUUCCACCAUCUUCAGAGGUGUGGCCAUCUACGUCAACGGCUUGACAGACCCCAGCGCGGACGAGCUGCGCAGGCUGAUGAUGUUACAUGGUGGACAGUUCCAUGUUUACUACUCCCGGUCCAAGACCACGCACAUCAUUGCUACUAACUUGCCACACAGCAAGGUCAAGGAGCUGAGGGGGGAGAAGGUGGUUCGGCCUGACUGGAUCACAGACAGCAUCAAGGCAGGGCACCUCCUCUCCUACCUGCAGUAUCAGCUUUAUGCCAAGCAGAAGGCCCUGAGCUUCCCCGCUAUGCGUGUGGGCCAUGAAUGUGAUGGCCCAGGCCACUCCCACCAACAGUUUGAUCACACCCAGCACCAACCAGGCCACAACCCCAGCAUUAGGCGUCAUGCCAACAAGAAGCUGGACUUCAGACUAAAUGGGCUUGACCAGACAGCUGGGCUCAGACUGAAUGGAAUACAGGAGGAGGAGAGUGAAGACGAGACCCUCCACCCAGCUCCUGUCUUCUCCUCGGGGGCCCUUGUGGAGCGGACUCUCACCAAUGGCCACAGUCAUCCUCCGAACGGUGCCUUAAAACCCCUGGACUUGACACGGGGACAGACCCCAAUGGAGAACGGGCCGCACCAGCCUCCAGUUCUGCUCGCUGGCGACAAAUGUGCUGGAGAGUCCGCUCACUUGCUGCGCUCCGGUAACCACCUAGCAUCCCUCCAAGUUGCCACUCGUUCAUCUUUUGACCAGUCAGUGACCCCCGUCCCCACGGCCCGUCCCUCGAGUCGAGACCCUGAGCAUCCCGGCUUGCUUGCGCGAGGUGCAGGCAGAGUCUGGCUCAACGGAGCCCAGCGUGACACAGCCCAGGGUGCUGCCUCACCCCCAUGUCCACCCGUGGACCGUAGGCCUGCGGACGCUGACAUCAUCUCGGAGUUCUACUCCCGCUCCCGUCUUCACCACAUCUCUACUUGGAAGAGCGAGUUCUCGGAGUACGUCAGCUCUCUGCAGCACCGGCGCCACAAGGCUGGGGGAGUCGACUUUCCCGGGAGGGAGCGGUUAAGGCGACAGAGGGCGGCUCGGAUCGCAGGCUCCUCUGCUCCAUCGGGUCCUCCCAUCCGACAGCCCUGUAUCCUCCAUGUGGACAUGGACUGCUUCUUCGUCUCUGUGGGCAUCCGACACCGACCCGACUUGAACGGGAAGCCUGUUGCAGUGACAAGUAACCGAGGACAGGGCCGAGUGUCCCAGCGUCAAGGAGCCAACUGCCAGCUGGAAAUGCAGUACUAUCAGCGGAAGCUUGACCCGAAACGAAAAGAAGAGAGAGAUGGUGACCUAGAGGUGACCCCCUCACCCGAGAGCCCGGACGGCGCUAACCCCCAGUCAGAGCAGGAUCUGGCUGCUCUCUCCAUGGCUGAGGUCGCUUCCUGCAGCUACGAGGCCAGGCAGGCGGGGGUCCGGAACGGCAUGUUCUUCGGUCAGGCAAAGCAGCUGUGCCCAGGACUGCAGGCUGUGCCCUAUGACUUCCAGGCAUACAAGGAGGUGGCUAUGGCCAUGUACCAGACCCUGGCCAGCUACACCCACCACAUUGAGGCCCUCAGCUGCGACGAGGCCCUGGUGGACGCCACCCGCCUGCUGAAGGAGCUGGGCGUAUCGCCCGAAGAGUUGGCCGGUGCCAUCCGGGCGGAUGUGAAGGAACGAACCGGCUGCUCGGCGUCAGUGGGCAUGGGUUCAAACAUUCUGCUGGCCAGAAUGGCGACCCGCAAGGCCAAGCCUGACGGGCAGUACUACCUGAAGUCCGAAGAGGUGGAUGACUUUAUCAGAGAUCAGGCUGUGGGCAGCCUCCCAGGCGUGGGACGGACCAUGAGCUGCAAGCUGGCCUCCCUCGGGGUGCAGACCUGCGGGGACCUGCAGCAGAUCUCCAUGUCCCGGCUGCAGAAGGAGUUUGGGCCCCGGACGGGACAGACGCUGUUCAGGUUCUGCCGAGGCCUGGACGACCGGCCCGUGAGGAGCGAGAAGGAGAGGAAGUCCGUGUCAGCAGGGAUGAACUACGGGAUCCGUUUCACGCAGGUGGCAGAAGCGGAGAGCUUCUUGACCAAGCUGUCCCAGGAAGUGCAGCGGCGCCUCCAGGCAGCAGGUCUCAAGGGCCGGAGGAUUACCCUGAAACUGAUGAUGCGUAAACCAGGGGCCCCCGUGGAGCCUGCCAAGUACGGAGGCCAUGGCAUCUGCGACACCUUUGCCAGGACAGUGAGCCUGGACCAGCCCACGGACUCUGCUCAGCACAUUGCCACAGAGGUCAUCAAGCUCUUCCAUGCUAUGAAGCUGAAUGUGAUGGACAUGAGGGGGGUGGGCCUACAGGUCCAGCAGCUGACGCCCUCUCUCGUGGGUCCCGCGGGCACUGCCGGAGGGACCGGCGCUCCUCGCCGUUCCAUCCGAGACAUGCUGCUGGCCCAGAGGCCCCCGAAUCUGGAUAGUCGUGGGUCAACCACAGCGCUGCCGGCGUGUUUGGCGAGACCACCGGACGGUGACCCCCUGUGGCGUCUUUCAGACGCUACUGAUCCCAGUGCUCCAGGUGAAGCUGUGACGUCAGACAGGGAUCGGGAUAUCGCUUCGGUACGGCUGUUCCCCCCACCCUCCUCCGCAGAGCCGGUACCCGGGACCAGCAAGGGGGGCCCCGCACCCCGACAUAAUGGGGGUCUCCACACCCCGAGGCACCUCAGGACACACCUGGACCUCAGCAUCGAGGUGCCAUCACCUUCACAGGUCGACCGCUCUGUGUUGGAGGCCUUGCCACCUGAACUGAGGGAGCAGGUGGAGCAUUCCUGGCGUCGGAGGGAGGAGCUGGCCGUGAGCAGAGGGCCACUCCAGAGCGCUCCUUCCCAGCCCCUGGCUUCGCCCCCGGGCACGCUGGUGCUGCAUGUGCCUGAGCAGCAGGGUCAGGGUGGCCCCGCAGGCAUCGUUCUGGCACUGCCGGACUUCUCCCAGGUGGACCCGGAGGUGUUUGCAGCCCUUCCACUAGAGCUACAGGAGGAGCUACGUUCAGCAUACCGACACAGAAACGGCACCCAUCCCCAAGGCACUGUGGUAGAGGCCAAGAACCCGUUGCUUCAGCUAAAGCAGGUGGCAGCUGCAGGCCGGACUAAGCGGCGCUACAAACGAAAGAAUGCGAGCCCUGCCAAGGGGGUGCCGAGUCCACUCAAAAGCCGUCUCCAUGGAAACAGCCCCGCCAAAAGCAGCCCCGCCAAAAGCAGCCCGGCCAAGCGGCUGCCGUACGCACUGAAGCAGGAGCACGCAGGCGGGGAGAUGAAGCUUGAGAACGGACCCUCGACAUCCUCCCUGAAACCAGACGCACAAGAAAAACCGGUCAAGCUCACGUCCCGCCCUGGCCCCACUCUGGCUGGCGCCUGCGAGUUUACUGACAUCCGGACCCUACUGAAGGAGUGGGUCACCAGCAUCCCAGCGGCCUUCUCCGCAGAGCCCAUGGAGGAUGACAUCCUGCAGGUGGUGAAGUACUGCACAGAGCUGGUGGAGGACCGAGACCUGGAGAAGCUCUACCUUGUCAUCAAGUACAUGAAGAGGCUGAUGCAGCAGUCUGUGGAGUCCGUGUGGAGCAUGGCCUUCGACUUUAUCCUGGACAACGUGCAGGUGGUCGUCCAGCAGACCUACGGAAGCACCUUGAAGAUCACGUAGGAGUCGUUCCUCCUCGGGCUUUCAAGAGGAAGGGUAUCAAAGCCCCCGCAUUCUUCUGGAGUGGAACGAUCCCUCAGUCGUUAAUCACGAUCGGAUCAACAGCCAGAAGCCCCGCCCACAGUCCAAAUCUACGGUCAUUGGUUAGAGGAGCGGUAGCCUUGCCCCACAGAGACUGUUACGAGUGUUGGGCUGAUGAGCCCCUGCGACCUUCUGCCUCGCUCACCUUUUUUUGCACUGUGCCAUAACUGCUUGUGAAGAUUUUCGCAGAACAGCAUGGUCACGAAAAUGGAUAAGAACAUGUUCUCUUUGAGGAAAAAAUCCUUUUCUAAAGGACUUUUUUUUUUGUACUGUUCUUUUGCAAAAACAAAGUGCCAAAAUUUGUCAGCAUCGCAUGUAAAUAAGGAUUCAGAAUCUCCUGUAGGUGGUAAUUGUAUCUAUGGCGGCGAGUUUGUUCAUAUGGAAAGAUGUUUUAUUGGUUUUUCUCAGUGCAGUGUUUACAAGCUGUGUAAUAAAGAACCAUUCUUGUUAGCCCCCUCAUUAGUUGUGCAUUUGUUGUGAUGGGAAAAAAAGUCCCUGUAUUCUCAUACAGGGAUAAACAGAAAUGGUUCCUUUUGCACAGGUACAGAGACCCCUGUACCAUGCAGCAGUGUACACAGUGUAAAACCAAAUGUAGUUAUGCAAUGGGGGUGAUCUCAAUGUAAUAUUCACUUGGUUUCUUGCUCCCGUUUAAUUGUACUUCUCUGAAAGGAAGAGUGAGAGCAGGUGCUUUAAUUCAAAGUUUUUGUUUGCUAUAACAUUAUUGAAGGAAAGGGCUUGUAGACACAUCCUGCCUACAGAGACCUGCUUUAAUGUGUGCCUGAAGACCUUA